CGCGCUGGUGACGUCAUCAGUGCACGUUCGUGGUGGUCGACUUCGGUGACCUGCGAGCGGCGUUAUCGGCACGGAAGUUGUCCGGCGGCAACGCGACUCCCGACUGUUCGUCUCCGAAGGCAACCCUCAUCGAUGGCAGACCAGCCCGAGCGACUCAACAUAGACAACUUGCUACAGAGGCUGCUCGAAGUGCGUGGCUCUCGGCCAGGCAAGAAUGUGCAGCUAACCGAGACUGAGCUACGCAGCCUGGCAAUGAAGGGGCGCGAGGUGCUCCUGUCGCAGCCCAUCCUGCUGGAGCUGGAGGCCCCACUGAAGAUCUGUGGCGACACCCACGGCCAGUACUACGACCUGCUGCGGCUGUUCGAGUACGGGGGCUUCCCUCCCGAGAGCAACUACCUCUUCUUGGGCGACUACGUGGACCGGGGACGGCAUUCGCUCGAGGUCAUCAGCCUCCUUCUCUGCUACAAGAUCAAAUACCCCGAGAACUUCUUCAUCCUGCGCGGAAACCACGAGUGCGCCUCCAUCAACCGCAUCUACGGCUUCUACGAUGAGUGCAAAAGGAGGUUCAACAUCAAGUUGUGGAAGGUCUUCACAGACUUGUUCAACUGUUUACCAGUGGCUGCCAUAGUAGACGAGAAGAUUUUCUGCAUGCACGGAGGUCUAAGCCCCGACCUGCAGUCGAUGGAGCAGGUGCGGCGGAUAAUGCGCCCGACAGAUGUGCCCGAUCAGGGCCUGCUGUGCGACCUGCUGUGGGCCGAUCCCGACAAGGAUAUCAUGGGUUGGGGUGAGAACGACCGCGGCGUCUCCUUCACUUUUGGAGCAGAUGUGGUCGCAAAGUUUCUGCACAAGCAUGACCUCGAUCUCAUCUGCAGGGCACACCAGGUGGUGGAAGACGGCUACGAGUUCUUUGCCAAGCGACAACUUGUGACACUUUUCUCGGCGCCCAACUACUGUGGCGAGUUCGACAAUGCUGGUGCCAUGAUGAGUGUUGACGAGACCCUCAUGUGCUCAUUCCAGAUUCUGAAGCCAGCCGACAAGAAAAAGUUCCCCUAUGGUGGCAUUGCAGCGGGAGGGGCCAAGCCAUCAGCACCACAGCGGGGACAGUGAACGGGUGCUCAAAAUGGUGGACAAAAAAGAAAGCCUGGCAACCCUGCCUUUGCGGGCGAAGGGAGGUGGCACCGGGCUUUUUUUUUUUCCUUGCAACAACGAGACAACCAAGCGACACCUUUGGAGGAAGGCGAGGGAAAACAAGACCAGCAUGGCAACAUUGGGUACAGCUCGAGAGGGAGGUACCGAUCAGCAUGCUGCCGCACGAGGGUACUAGGUCACCGGGUGGGACAAGUGCCGACCCUCCUCGGUUGCGGAACAGCGGGCUCCUAGAAAAUGCUGACCCACACCUUCCUCACGUAUGCAGCUCUUGUGACAAAAGGACCGAUUGUGAGGACAAAGGGACUGAUCAUGCCUAGCGUCUUUUUUUUUUUUUAACCUCCUGAUCCCUCAGUGUCUUUCACAUAUGUAAUUUGAGUGAUGGCAAUUGCUUUGGACAGGUUGACUGCUUGCACAGUUGCACGCAUUCAGGAACACCCUGUAAUGUGCUCUUUGGUUCCGUUAUUUUCUUUUUUCCCGCUCUCCUACAAAAGCAGCUCUGCUCUCACUCUCCUUCUUGCUAGCAACCCAACCGGGUCUCCCUUCCUCUCCCAGCCAUCUCUUUCUGCUACAGCACUGCCUCGAGUCUUCCCUCCCCCGUGCAUUGGCCAGGUGUUAGGAAAUGUGCCGUCAAAGGGGGUGCGUGUAGAUCUUUGUUGCACCAUCUCUGAUGAGCACCGCUUUGAUGAUGGCUGCCCCGUCCCCAUUUGACCCCUCACUUUUUGCUGCUCAUCUCAGAAAUUUUCCUUUUCUCUCUCUCUGUCCCCAUUGGUUUUCUUCUUUUUUUUUUUUCAAUGCUUGUUUGCACUCUUUUCUUAUUUCCUUCUUUUAUUUACGCCUCGCACUGUUGCUCGUGUCAAUAAAGUGUGCUUUCAUUCACCGGGCAGCUUACUCUAGAAGGAUAAGCGGUAACAGUGUCGGCCACUCUGUCGAGAGCCUGGGAUGGCAGCUCAGAGAGAUGGAACAGUGAAGCCUUCCUUUAUUUCCUGGCACAGUGGUCACAGCCAUCGCAAGCAAUCCGGCUUUUGUUGUUACUUAGAUUUGGGCCUCGUUCACACUUGCUCUGAAAAGAGAUGCACGACCAUCUGAAACUGGCAGCAGUCAUUGACCGCAUUGGCAAGUGUGUGGCAAAUUGGCUCUCAAUACAUGCUGCUCACCUUGCUUGCCCCGUCAUCAUGAUGUAAAUUAAGCGUCUAUGUCUUCAGUCGUUCUGCUGCUGUGCCUUCAAUUCAUGGUUUAACAAAAGUGACCCAGUUGCAUGUGGUCGUGCGACCUCUACCAAUCGCUGGUGUGACUGGGCCCUUGUACAUAUCGGCCAUUCGAAUGCAUGAGUGCGAUAAGUUGACGUUGCUUUGCUGUCUAAAUGAAAUUGCUUCUUGCAAGUGUUCCGAAAUAUACUGUUGCUGCUUUUUACACGUUGAAAUGAUUUAGGUGCUAGCAUUUUAUGGGGAUCAGUGUGCUUUGUUAUAUUAAUUUCAAUACAACGUGUCAGUUUUGUUCAUUGACUUUUGCUUGUUAGUUUUUUAUUGCUGAUGAGAUUUUACAAGUUUUAUUUUCGACUAAGGUAGUUUGCUCCGAACCUCACAUUCCGAGAAAUUGAAUGUUUGAAACCUCGUUUAGAUUUACCUGGUUCAUUUGCUCCUUUUGUUGCUUCUUUUUAGUUUGUGCUUAUAUUCAUGUCUGCUCGUUCUUGUCGUCUGAAAUAGUGGAACUGACACACCUGACUUGUACGAAGCUCUAAAGGUCAACUGCGGCAAUAUCUUAGUACACGCUGAAACUAUAAAGAUGGCGUAGGUAGGGAGGGACCUUUGGCCUAAAUUUUGCUAUUUAAAUGAAAGUGGAUGCAUUGAAAAAAGCCAUUCUCAAUGCUGAAAAUGAGAAAUAUAUUGCAGCAGAUCCAGCUGUUGGAAUCGACGUAUUGCAAAGCUCCUUCUUUCAUUCAGUGCUCUGUGGAGCUAUUUUGUUCGCGUUCUGUGAUAGAACGUAAGAAAACAUCACAAGAGGACGAGAGGGAGCAAACAAGCAAAAGGCAAGCUGGAGGAAUUCAGAAAUGUUUUCAAUGCAUGAAGAAAUAUAGAAGUAUUAUAGCUGAACAUCAAUAUUGGCAGGAAUUGUUUUUCAAAGCUUGAAAUUGAAGAGCGUGAUGACAAUUUAUCUAUCUAUGUUAAUGUCUUCAUUGGGCACUAGGCGGGGUCGCAAGUUUAGAGACAUUCGGUGGUGGGGGGCUGGUUGCGAUUUUCGCAAACAGUCGGCUCGGUAUUGGAUUAAGCGAGGCAUAUUGGCAGGCUAAUUCGAUUCUCUGACCCGAGCACUUACGUUUCGAUCCAAUCCAAGUCAUCCGGAGACCGUUCUGUAUUCGUUCAAUUGGGUGGAACGGCGCCCCCGUCCGUUCUGUGCCCGUUCUUUGCCAAAAUCAUUGACAGCGCUGCCUUUUCCACUUGCUGUUCUCACGUCUGACAGUCACACGAGCCUCGACCAAUCCCGUGUGGCUCCCUCUCGUGACGUUCCGUUCCGUUCUAUCACAGAACGCGUACAAAAUAGCUCCCCUGAUUUGCAUGACAAGACCAGUCUUCCUGGGCGUGUUAUCUACGAUGUUGACGAUCAUUUGUGACCGUACUUGUGUCGGGCUUUGCUUAUAACUAGACUAUAACGGGAGGCACAGACCGGCAGGAAGUCAAGUACAGACUGGAAAUUGAUGCAAGGGCGGUGGGCAAGUGGCAGGUGCAAGGUUGGAUCGAAGCAGGCAGUUGCAUCUGUAUGGGUGCUGCAGUGUUGAUGCAUUAUCACUGCUACUGGCGGUUGCCGACACAGUAAUUAAAGGUGCACGACGUACGUGGGAAGCGGGGUUAAGGUAUCUUCUGUCACGAAUGUAGCACGUGCGACGCAAAACCAAAAGUCUCAACCCUGCCAACAACAACCAGGCAAUUACGUCGGCAACUAUGCUCUGCUGCAAAAGCAUGUGCCUCGCUUACACCUAGUACAUACCUGCCAAGUCUCCCGGAUUACCCGGGAGACUCCCGGAUUUUGAACGUUUCUCCCGGUUGUACGGGUCAUAGGAAAAUCUCCCGGAAAUCCAGUUUUGCCCCGCGCGUGCAGUGCUUUGUCUGGCCACAUGAGCAAGGUUGUCUAGCCACGUCUGGCCACAUCCUAAAUGUGUUAUAGGUUAUAUCAGCCGUUAAUAUGUUUCGUAGAUGCGUUUGUGUACACACAAAAUCUUGCUCGACGAAAUAACUGGUAAGCAAGCGACGACAGGCCUCGCACGCAGAGCGAUGUUACCGCAUGUGCCCUUCGCGCGACGGUGACGGCCGGGUCGUUUCAUCUCUGCUUCAACCGCGUUCGUCUCUAGCGCUAGCGCGCUUUUACUCGCACGUGAAACAGACGAUGCGUAAGCGAUGUUAUCGGUUUGGACUCUGUACAGAUCAGUGGCGACCGCAAAAUCCCGCUGACAGUGUCCGUAUAAUUGCUAUCGCAGUACCCCCCGCGGUCGGCAUACUUUAUGCCCCCCACCCCGUUGAGUAGAUCUCCCGGAUUC